ACCUCAACCCCGAACCACAAUUCGCACAUCCUUCUUUACCUUCAGGGCAAUUUCGCAAUGGAACGCAUUGCCAGUAUAGAUACCUCGAACCCGAGAGUCACUUCAAGACUUCAAGAUGAGACAGGUCUAACCUUGGAAACAUUUGGAAAGCAAAGACUGUCGAAGCACCGUGUAGCCCACAUUGAGCUCACCUGGUGUAAGAAACUGGACUCCAUCUGGCUCUGCCGCAAGUCCUGUCCUGUCAUCCUGACGUUGCACUCUUGUUUAAAACAUUUUUUAGGACGCGUUAUCAAAAUAAAUACGCGUUACCGCGAUGAGAUAGGUGGUAUUUCAAUGGCAAUUGUACGAUGUAAAGGCUGUGAUAAACAAUGCAAGGGAGAUGUGCUUAAGGUGAAAGAGACAUUCUUUCAUCCAGACUGUUUCCAGUGCUCAGCAUGUGGUAUAUGCUUGGCUGAAAACGGAUACUACUUUAGAGACAACAAUUAUUAUUGCCGGAAGGAUUUCAAGCAAAUUUUCUCAAAGUUAUGCUACAAAUGUGGAUCGUACAUAACGAGUGACAUGGUGUCAGUUUUGGAUAAGUAUUUUCAUCACCAAUGUUUCUACUGUCAUACGUGUCAGUAA